GUGCACACUCAAAGCGUCCCUGGUAGCGGAGGAGAAGACGCGUGUUGGUCAGUGUUUACAGAAAUAUCACCAUCGGGAUAGCCGUGACAGCGGCGUAAUUACUCUCAAAAUGCCUCAAAAGGCUAUCACAUGCACUGUUGAGCUCGAUGCUUACACGGUAACAUGUCCUGGUACCCUACAUCUAGCCGACAGAAACAUGGUUUACAUGUUGUUCCACAUUCUUGGUCAAACCAAUCGUACAAAAUCUGUUUUCGCGACUUUUCCACUUAACUUCAACGAGCGAAUGGUGUUCGAAAGAACAUUUACCGGAGUAUCGGAGCCCACGGACGUUGUUGAUCUGCUAGAAGAUCAGCGGAUCAAACUUGAGCUGAGGCAGUACUCCGAAGUUCAUAAAGGUGGAAAGCUUCUAGCCUGUUACGAGCAGACUGCCAAGGAAUUUCUCUACCCAACCCCUACCCUGACAGGAAAAGAUGGCCUUGAACGAGAUGUUCUUCUUAGUAGAACAGCACACUUUAGUGGGAUAGAUCCAAAAUUGGAUUUUUCUUCCACAACUACCAUGCAAGAGAUCACAAUCCCAGGAAUGCCAGCACAUGCUAAUGGGUUAGCAGAGAGUGAAUCUGAGGAAUCAGACGAAAGUUCAGAGACAGAAGAUGAAAUUGUCGUACUUCCUCCAAGUAGAAUGGGAAAUGGAGCAUUUCAUGAAGAACACUGUGUUUGUGAGUGUCCAAGACGACCAGAAAACAUGGGGAUGGUAGUCCCAAAGUCGAGGUCUGUGUCACCCACUCGACGACCAAGAUCAGCAUCUCCAACAAGACCACCCUUUAAGGCUGGCAAAGCUGAUGAGAGCAUCAUUUCACGCCGGAACUUUAGGUCAUCUCAGAGGGCCAGGUCCAAAAUAUUCUUGCCUGCUGAAGGUGAUCCAAUGCCCUGUAUCGACUGCAAGACUCCUCACAAAGACUGCAUCGUGUGUCAAGCAUAUUAUAAAGUGUUUGGGAGAGAUUUCUUAAAGCACAGGUUUACAUCAGCGGGACAUCGAAGGGCAGCUUCAACCCCUUCCUAUACCACAUUUGUACCAUCUUCUGAGCCACCAAAGAUAAGGGCACGUCGGUAUGUUGAGGAUAAUGAUGAAGAUCCAGAGUUGUAUCAAUCCAGAGCAUAUAGCGAGCCACUACCAAGGACAAAACCCAGGCUAUUCUCAACCCCAAAGUUCUCUAGCUCACAUAGCUAUGCCAGAGUAUCAUCGCCAUCUGAAGAAAUCCAUGACAGAGUGGAGAGGAUAAUUCGCAAGCACUCCCCACUACCUGUAUCAAGGUCUUACGUAGAAGAAUCGGAUUCUGAUGAUGAUAGUUUGCUAUCACUUCAAGAAUUACGUUCAGAGAUAAACUCAGCUCGAUUAGAGUCCCUUGAUCGGUCUUUUGAAGAUCCAGAUCACCCAAGUCUUGGUACAAGACUUGACAGAAGCAUUACUGUGCCCCUCGCCAAGGGGAAAUACUGGUCGAACCGCAAGGCAGCCUACACAGGUCAUUCCCACCGGGACCUUUUUGAUGAGUCAAUGGAGUCAGUAUAUGAAGACCUGUAUGACAGGGCUGUUAGAUAAACUGUACUCCCUCACUGUUAUAUAUGCUAGGCUCCUGGUCAAGGAAGCCUAGCAACAUUUGGCCUAGUUCUUCAAGAGCCUAGUUCUUCGAUAGACUUUUACAUAGUUUUCUUUGGCUGUCUUUAGCUGUUUAUCAUUUAUAGACUAAAAAUACUUUUAAGAUAAAUUUAUUUUAGUUUUUGAAGUGUAACUAUAUAGGUACCAUACAUGUGAGAAAGUGAGUAAUAUAAAAACAUAGAAAACAGGUAUAUUCCCAUCAAUGUAAUUGUGAUUAAAUCUGAUUUAAUCCCAA